AUGAGCCACACGAACAGUGCCGUGGUCCGCCUGGUUCAGGCUCUCAAGCCAGGCUUAUCACAAGAAGAGGAAACUUCCUGUAUUGAAUUAUCGCAACGGAUAGUGGAGAGUCAAUUGGGAGGACGGGGUGCUCAUCAUGACGGUCCUGGGAAUCGACCAUUUUCCUUGACUUGGAAACGUCGGAUCGAAAGUCAUCUCAGCAGCAACAACAUCACUAGCAGUAGCAGCGAAGUGGAGCAGUUGUACGAAGAGCUAACGCAAGUUUGCGAAUCCGGUCCAAAUGCCAAUGAUCACGAUCUUCCCGCCAAACUCAUGGCCGUGCUGACUAAACGCAUUGGCAAGGCACCCACGGUAGACUCGGCCAGAGUCUUUACCAGUUCCUCGUUAAAUCCCACGAGAAGAGAAACUACUACAAGUGUUGUCAAUGCUGCUUCAGGUGCCCCACCGGUACAACAAUCAAAACCAGCUGCUCCUGCCACUACUACAACCACUAAUGGUGCAGCCAAUAUCAGCCGGAAAAAUAAUGCAAAGAGUGGUAGUACCAACCACAACAAUCUUCAGGACAACCAUUAUCCCAAAGAUAAUUAUAAUCAACUUCCUUCCUUGAUGGAAUUUGAUACCACCAAUACGCAUACAUCCUUGGCAGAAGCACUCCGUUACGAAGAACAACAAAUUCUCCGUGAAUUGCUGGGAGCGCUACAGGGAAUAGACGGAAAGCGAAUCAAAUUCUUUAUUCAAAAUAACCACAAUCAGCCAAGUAGAAGACAACAACUGGACGAUGAUGGAGGGAUCCCCUACGAAGGAAUACGUCUCUUUUCUCCCGCACUUUCUCCCCAACAGUUUCAUUCCAUCAAAACAAUGAAUGGCAAUCAAUCCAGGCUGGGGAGUGGUGCCAUGGACGCGAUUCGGAUUUGUGGAGAAUCCGGAUGGUUGUAUCUGCGAUUAAAACAGUUUGUCGACUUUCAUUUGUCAUCAUCAUCAUCUGGUGGCGGCCGGAUUGCUCGAGCAUUGGCGCGAGCGGUGGCAACCGAAAUGCAACACUACCGAGAAACUCUGGCACAGUGGGAAUCCAACUUGACAAAAUGGUCCUUGCGACAAUGGUUGAUUCAAAUACAGCGUCACAAUGUCAUGCACCGACUGGCAGUAUUGGCCAUGUUGGUCGAGGCAGUCCCCACGGGAUGCCGUCCCGGGGAAAUUAAAGCGUUUGGGGGCGGCGCACUACUCAGUGCCUUGUAUAAGCAUUCGCUACAUGGGGAUACCCGGCAUCAAUCGAUUGUGCAGUCCAUCUUGUAUCCGACAUCGCAACCAUGGUUUCACAUGCUCUAUCUGUGGACCACACAAGGCAUGUUGCCAGCCUCGUGGAAUGGGGAUUUCUUUGUAACUCUGCAAAGCACCUACGUGGACAACAACGACGACAAUGGCAAUCAACAACGAAACAACAACAGUCGCGACAAGUACUUGUGGCAGGAAAAAUACACGUUGGACAAAUCGCAAAUACCGCUUCCCGGCAUUUUCGAUCCCAAACUUGUGAGACCCGCAUUUAUCGUUGGCAAGGGGAUUAACUUUAUUCGAACCUGUUUGAACCAGAUUGGCUGGACGUUCCCACACCUCGAAGAAGACACGGAGGAUGCCGAAGCUGGGGGCGAACAUAACGACAGCUUUACGGAGGUUCAUGAUGAGCAAGCCAACAUGGAGCGAUUGGGCUAUCACUAUGUUGCUGACCCCAUGGGAUUGGAUCCUAAUUUGCGACUCGAACGCACACUCUUGCGUUUUGAACGAAAGGUCCAUUCGCAUAUCCUGUCGUCCCUCCGAGAAGAUCACAAUCUACUGGAGCAUCUCUUUGCUCUCAAACAGUUCAUGUUCCACGGACAGGGUGAUUUCUACUCCUCCCUGUUGGAAGGGCUCUAUGCUGAGUUUGGAUGUGGCGCAAAGGUGAAUGCAAAUGGAAACAAUAGCUUUGUGGCGGGACAUGCCGUGGCGGGCAUCUAUCCUUACCAGCUACUGAAUAUUCUGGAGGUGGCGUUGCGUCAGACAAACGCAAAGCAUCUACCAACAUUCUGUUUGGAACGAUUGAAUGUUGAAAUGCUACCUUUCGAACCAGAUAGAGAUCCAAGUUCCAUUGGGCAUGGACUCUUUGCAAGCCCUGCGCCAACCCGAGAGGGCGAUGAAAACAGCAACGAGCAGGCCGAAGACAACCGAACUGUCUGGGACAUUUUCAUGUUGGACUACACUGUUCCAGACCCGUUGGUUGCAAUCAUUCACGAAAAAGCGGUCGACCAGUACAAACUCGUCUAUUCAUUUCUCUUCGGGCUCCGGAAGGUUGAGUACAUGUUGAAUCGAACAUGGCGCCAAAGUGCCACCCUUCAACAUGCACUGCAGAUGAUUGCUCAGAACAAUGGCCUGCAGGCUUCAUCAUCCCCAGAAUAUGCCAAUGCCACAAUCCUGCUGCGGAAGAUUGCAAUGACGAGACAGGCAAUGACUCACUUUUGUGUCAACUUGAAGAGCUACUGCAUGCUGGAAGUUUUGGAGGGUGGUUGGAAAGAACUGCUCGAAAGACUGGAGCACGCUCGCACUCUGGAUGAGGCCAUCGAUGCGCACGACUCUUACCUGGAAGGGAUAUGCCGCAAGACUUUGCUUCUAAAGGGAAAGCGAACUCGCCGUGGCCGGUUGCGAGACAAAGACCGAAGCAACAACAAGUUUCGACAUUUGUUCGGUGUUCUUUUGAGCAUCGCUACUGACUUCAGCACGCUUCAGGAGCGGCUUUUUGACGAAGCACUGGAAGCAGCGGAAAGGGUCGCUCAACGGCGUCGCGAAGCAGAACGACGAAUGAACCACGGACAAUGGGGAUUUGAAAGUGAGCAAGAUUUGGCUGAAGAAGCGUCUUUCCUUGGUCUGGCUCAUGCAAAUGAGCUAUCCGAAGUUGUCAACCUGUCAGACGCAUUCCACCAAGGAAUGCUCAUGUUGCUGGAAGAACUUGACGCAAAGGUUCAUGGGAGAAGCAGGAAUAUGUCAGCUACAAUCGACUUGGGGAACACAGUUGACGACGACAGCGUUGACCCAGAACUGUACGAUACUGACGAUCCGAUGGUAUUCUUUGUGCCGGGGGAAGAGCAAGAUGUCGAUUCAUUGAGGUUCCUCAUGCACCAGCUUGACAACAAUCACUACUACGGUCUCCUGCAGCGACGAUAA